GCCCGACGGCGCGUGCGCACUGAGCGGCCGGCGGGGCGGCCGAGGGGCGGGGCGGGGGCAAGAGUGGCUCUUUUGCUUCCUUGUGCCCCAUCGCCGCCCGGACACCGCGCGGGCCGCCGGCACCAUGAAGAUCUGGACUUCGGAGCACGUCUUUGACCACCCAUGGGAAACUGUUACAACAGCUGCAAUGCAGAAAUACCCAAACCCUAUGAACCCCAGUGUGGUUGGAGUUGAUGUAUUGGACAGACACAUAGAUCCCUCUGGAAAGUUGCACAGCCAUAGACUUCUUAGCACAGAGUGGGGACUGCCUUCCAUUGUGAAAUCUCUUAUUGGUGCAGCAAGAACCAAAACAUAUGUGCAAGAACAUUCUGUAGUGGAUCCGGUAGAGAAGACAAUGGAGCUUAAAUCUACUAAUAUUUCAUUUACAAAUAUGGUUUCAGUAGAUGAGAGACUUAUAUACAAACCACACCCUCAAGACCCAGAAAAAACUGUUUUGACUCAAGAAGCCAUCAUUACCGUGAAAGGAGUCAGUCUUGGCAGUUACCUCGAAGGACUGAUGGCAAGUACGAUAUCGUCAAAUGCUAAUAAAGGCCGAGAAGCAAUGGAGUGGGUCAUACAUAAGUUAAAUGCUGAAAUAGAGGAACUGACGGCUUCAGCAAGAGGGAGCAUAAGGACACCGAUGGCGGCGGCGGCAUUUGUGGAGAAAUGAUAAUGAAAGUUGAUAAAUAAGCACCCAGUUCCGCAGGUCUCUACAAGCUGGCAGUGUAUUUAUUUGUUAUUUAAAAAAUACAACUAUAUUUUAGGUAGAAUUUUUUUUUAAUAAGCUGAAGAAAGACUGUGACUUGAUCAAAACAAAGAGGUGCAGGGUUUCUAAAUAAAAGGGAUCAGCUAAAACUAGCGUCUGAAAUGACUAUCUGAUCUUGAGGAUUCCUGUAUUUAUAUGAAAAUUUAACAAUUUUUGAAAAGUACUUGGAAAUUGGUAUUGGCUGAUUAAACCUCCUUAAGGUAGAAUUUUAAAGGUUUCCACACACUGGAACUCUACCUGGCUUUGGACCAACCCCAGAACCAAGCAGAGCCAUCUCUUACAUGGGCACAGCUGCCCUGCUGCAAUAAACCUGGAGAACUUGCAUGAGGGAACUCACUUUUAAAGGAGAAAUCGUAGAGUUUUAAAAAGACAUUAAUAAUUUGCUCUGCUAUAAACCGCCAUUAAAAAUCACAAUGUUUUACUUGGUACUAAACAUUUUUGAAGUAAAAAUUAUCACGAAAUAAAUGACUCCAACAAAAAUAUAUUUUAUUGUGUUAAAGAGUACUGUAUUGAUUUGCCAAAGUUUUGUAACUUAGUAGAGAGGUAUUACCUUCCUUGGAUUUGUACUUUAUGACUUUGUAUGCUGUAUCGUGGGCUGUUUAUGUUAACUGAAAAAAUAAAGUCAUUACUGGAAUUUUGCAGCACUCU